AUGUGCUGUGCUUCCACCUCCCGCUCCUUUGCAGCUGCCCCAGCUCAGGGCCAGGGCCACAUGGUGAGUGAGGUGGGGUCUAGGGAAGGCGGCGCUGUCCAGGGACCCUGGGUCAUCCUAGUUGUGGGAGGGGGUGCUCAGGACGCAGGGGCCUGCGGGUCCCCAGGUGCAGUGGGGGAGGUGGGUACAGCGCGGACACUAGCUGGUGGGUCAGGCAAGGAGGCCACCAUCUUCAGGGUAGAGGUUGUGCAGCAAAGCGUGGCCCUGGAGGAGGGAGAGGUGGCGGGGAUCGAGGAGUUGGGGCUGCUGGUGGAGCACAUCUUGCAAGUGGUGGAGGUGGUGGUGGAGGAGGAGCAGGAGGAGAAGCCCCAGGAGCAGGGGCAGGAAGAGCCAGAGCCGGGACCCACGACUGCCUGGCCCCUGCUGGAGGCACUGGGGGCCCUGCAGUUAGAGCUGAGCACUCUGAAUGCCCAAGCCAGCAGGGAGCACAAGUUCAGUCAGAGGCGGAAUCCUCAGUUGGAUCGCAGAAGGGCCAUCAUCCAGGGCAUUCCUGGCUUAUGGGCCAGAGCCAUUAUGAACCAGUCCCAGAUGUUGGCCAUGAUCAGUGACCAAGAUGAAGACACGCUUAGCUACAUGAUCAAUUUGGAGGUGCAGGAACUGGGCCAUCCCAGGCACCACUGCAGGUUGAUGUUUUUCUUUCGGAACAACCCCUGCUUCUGGAAUGACAUGAUCAUUAAAGAGUAUCACCUUAGCAUUGCUGGAUAUAGGGCGUCUCGUUCCACUCCCGUCCAGUGGUUCUGGGAUUAUGAAUGAGGAGCCCCCAACUGCAGGGAGGACACCACCAGCCUUAACUUCCUCAACUGGUUGUCUGACCACAACUGCCCAGGGUCUAACAGGAUUGCUGAGAUCAUCGGUGAGGAACUGUGGCCCAAUCCCCUGCACUACUACCCCAGGGAGGAAGGCCCCACCAGGACAGACCUGGAGAUGAAGGUGCUGGGGGAGCCUCAGAGUUUGGCCAAAUAGCACGAGAGGCAGGAGGCGUCUACAGAUGCGGGAGACUCGUGGAUGUAUCUACCUAUACGGUUCUGGUGCCCAGGGGAGAAAUGAGGAAAGGAUGGCCAAUGAAGGUUCCAGAGAGCUCGGCCUCACAUGUGGGGAAUGAUGCCCAGAGAGACAUAAACAAGCUAACAAGUUACAAAAAAAAAAAAAAAAAAAAAGAAAGUGAACAGGAUGGAGUGGUUGAACUUGAAGUCAGUUCUGGUCUGUAAGGCUGAUAAAUUUUUUUUUUCUUUUCCAUUAUGGUUUAUUACAGGAUAUUGAAUAUAGUUCCCUGUGCAAUACAGUCGAACCUUGUUGUUUAUCCAUUCUAUAUAUAGUAGUUUGCAUCUGCUAAUCCCAAACUCCCACUCCAUCCCUCCCCACACCUUCACCCCCCCUUGGCAACCACAA